AUGGUGCUAUGCAAUCAAGUCCUUCCAUCACCUUCACCAUCAAAUUCCCUCACAAGUUUCGCGUCGCUGAAGCCAUUGAGCCCGCUUCUCGUUCUUUCCCGUUCUUUGAGACGAAAAAGCGAAUCUUUACGCCAGAGAAGUGGUAUGCUGAGAGUGGAAGCCACUGUGACUCUUGAUUCGAGCAAUGGAGCUGUGGGCGUGGCGCCAUCGAAAGAGGAUGAAAUUUUUUCCACCACUCCUUAUGGAAGACAAUUCUUCCCUUUAGCUGCUGUUGUUGGCCAGGAUGCUAUUAAAACUGCUCUUUUACUUGGGGCAAUAGACCGUGAGAUUGGAGGAAUAGCAAUCUCUGGAAAACGAGGAACAGCAAAAACAGUGAUGGCUCGUGGCUUGCAUGCAAUUCUCCCGCCUAUUGAAGUGGUUUCCGGAUCAAUUGCAAAUGCCGACCCGUCAAACCCCGAAGAGUGGGAAGAUGGUCUUGCUGGUCGAGUGGAGUAUGACUCUGAUGGGAAUAUAAAAACCCAAAUAGUCAAGUCACCAUUUGUUCAGAUUCCACUUGGUGUCACAGAGGAUAGACUAAUUGGGUCUGUUGAUGUUGAGGAGUCCAUAAAAUCCGGAACCACCGUUUUUCAGCCAGGCCUUCUUGCGGAGGCACACAGAGGGGUUUUGUAUGUUGAUGAAAUUAAUCUUUUGGAUGAAGGCAUUAGCAAUUUGCUUCUCAAUGUCUUGACUGAAGGCGUGAAUAUUGUGGAGAGAGAAGGCAUAAGCUUUCGACACCCGUGCAAACCGCUUCUAAUUGCUACUUAUAAUCCUGAAGAGGGUGCCGUCCGGGAACAUCUUCUGGACCGCAUUGCAAUAAAUUUGAGUGCAGAUCUUCCUAUGAGUUUUGAAGAUCGUGUUGCAGCAGUUGAGAUUGCAACUCAGUUUCAAGAACAAAGUAGAGAAGUUGUUAAAAUGGUUGAGGAGGAGAUGGAUGUUGCUAAGACUCAGGUGGAAUUAGUCAUUCUUCCACGGUCAAUCAUUAGCGAAAGACCACCCGACCAGCAAAACCAGCAGCCUCCUCCACCUCCGCCUCCGCAAAAUCAAGAUUCUUCAGAAGAACAAAAUGACGAGGAAGAUCAAGAGGAUGAGAAUGACGAGGAAAACGAACAAGAGCAGGAACAAAUACCCGAAGAGUUCAUAUUUGAUGCAGAAGGCGGACUCAUGGAUGAGAAGCUCCUCUUCUUUGCACAACAGGCACAACGCCGGCGUGGGAAAGCUGGGAGGGCCAAGAAUGUGAUUUUUUCCGAGGAUAGAGGCCGCUAUAUCAAGCCUAUGCUUCCCAAGGAUGAGAUUCUUGAGGUUGCCGGGAAAAUAUAUAAAGCAGGGAUGUCGCUCCUUGUCAUUGACACUGAAAAUAAGUUUGUCUCAACCGGUUUUGCUAAGGAGAUAGCUCGAGUUGCUCAAGGAAAAUACUAUUAUCUGCCAAAUGCUUCGGAUGCUGUAAUCUCAUCCACGACUCGGGAAGCAUUGUCGGAUUUGAAGAACUCAUUCAGGAUAUGCGUAGGAAAUUGUUAUGAGAAUAGGAUGGGACUGCUCGGUUCGAAAACUAGUCCUCUAAUCGGUUUAAUUCUAUUGGGAUCGAAAACUAGUCCUCUAACCGGUUUAAUUCUAUUGGUGAAACGGCUUGCACAUGAGCCAGUAAAGAACCGGUCUUUGACCAGUCGCACCUGUCAAAACCGUUUAAUCCCUGCUGGAUUAUUAUUCCAUGAGAAUAACAACAAUACGGUGCCUUACGUUGCAUUGAACGACUAUGGUAAUGGCGACAGGAAGAGGAAAGCAAUGGAAAAAAGCAUCAGCCCUGCAAAUUCAUUCCCUGAAAAUGGGAUUGGAGGAAAAAAUGGUGCGAGAAAAGGAAAAAGGGUGAAAGGCAAUAAUGAGAAGAAAGAGCAAAAGGAAAAGGAAGUUGUUCAUGUUAGAGCCAAGAGAGGCCAAGCCACCGAUAGUCAUAGUAUAGCAGAAAGGAUCAGAAGAGAAAAGAUCAAUGAGAAGAUAAGACAAUUGCAAGACAUUGUGCCAGGGUGUUACAAGACAAUGGGGAUGGCAGUAAUGUUGGAUGAGGUCAUCAAUUAUGUGCAGUCCCUGCAAAAUCAAGUGGAGUUCCUUUCAAUGAAGCUCACGGCAGCAAGCGUGUUUUACGAUUUCAAUUCAGAUUCAAAUACUUUGGAGACAAUUCAGGGCCAUGUUCUUGAACGACCUCAUAUGACUAGAUGGAUCUAUAGACCCGUUAUAAGUGAUGCUGAGCUCCCCAAAUCAACUCGGCAAAUCGGCAUGUUGCGGUGCGCCCCUACGGUUGUGUUUUUGACAUUCUUGACCUCAGUUUCUCUUCUUGUCAUCACAGUGAGUGAUGAACUGCUGGUCUGCGUGCUCAACUCCACCUACGGGUGGUCUCCUUUGAUCCACCUGCAACAGAUCUGGGUGUAUAGGGUGUACGGGAACAAUCUCAACAUUCAGUCCACCUCCUGGCUAGUUGAUUGGACCUCCAACGGCUACAGAGGUGGGCUCCAAAUUCCUUUAAGGAUCUACAUAGACGUGGCCAGUCAACGGGUCCGGGCCGACGGUUCGCUUGGACCAGGCCCGGGACUGAACCGGACGAAGGCGCGGUCCGGGACCGAUUCUCAGCCCGGUCCCGUCGGUUCGACAAAUGCAUCAUCAGGCAUGGGUGUUGCCGACCACAGCAAGAGCACAUACAUGGAGUUGCAGCGGAAGAAGGUCCACCGCUAUGUGAUAUUCAAGAUUGACGAGAAGAAAAAGGAAGUCGUGGUUGAGAAGACGGGUGGGCCCGCCGAGUGUUACGAGGACUUCAUGGCAUCCCUUCCUGAGAGUGACUGCCGUUAUGCGGUUUACGACUUUGACUAUCGGCCCUUGCAGUUUCUGUCCAACGAACCGGCCCUUAUGUGGCCGGUUACGGGCCGGGCCGGUUUGGGACCGGUUCCCGGUCCGAGUCGCGGGCCGGUUCAGCCCGCGGCCAUGUCUAGAUCUACAUUUGACAUUGCUAUGGCGAACUUAUGGCUUUUCCCCCACAGACGGCGCCAAAAUGGUGUGUUAAACGACCUCGACUGGACUUGA